CGAAAGUUUCAAAGUGCAAAGGCAAAGGAACAGCCACGCCUUUAGAGACGCAACAAAACGAUGUUACCUCAAAUUCCUCAGAACUUUAAAAGGCUGUCAGGCUCGUUUACUUCAUUGUAACAACGUACUGUGCAAGGGACUGUGUGCUAACUCAACCGCUCAAGAAAGAGAUAUUGUUCAGGGCCGGAUUCUACUUCUUCAGUUUGUCAGCUUCCCUUUACAAGUUAAAAGAAGAUGAUGGCAGCACACGGAGAACCCUGUGAGGCAUUGGAGCAAUCCUAUUGCUACAACGGAGGCCGGUGCUACAGGAUACCUUCUAUGUCCACCCUUUCCUGUGUGUGCACUGAGAACUACAGAGGAGCCAGGUGUGAGGAGUUCCAGCUCCUCAGCAAGGCAAACUCCAGGAACGAGGCGGGACUGAUUGUCGGUGCUGUCAUUCUGUCAAUUCUUAUUGCUCUUGUACUAGCUGGAGUGAUCUACUGUAUCUGCAGAAUGUGGAGGCAGAAGCAAAGGAACCAACAGAACAGCAAGCAGCAGUAUUCCUACGUCUAUCCCCAGAGCAAUAGAAUAUGAUAAGCACUACUUUAUAUGAAAAGCAAGGAGAAUCUUACAUUCACUUAAAACAUAAAAUGAAAGACUGACGCACCCCAAACAUGCUGUAGAGAUCUAUUGUACAUAGAAGUGUGCCGUUUGGGCUCUGAGCUUUUUAUUUUUUAAUGGAUAUUCAGUAUGAUGCUAAAGUUUGCAUUAUGAAUAGUUUAUGAUUUUAAAAUCCAUUUUAAAUGCUUUUUUAUAGACAUAUUACUGUGUCCUUUCAGGCAAUUCCUGUAAAGUGGGUUUCAAACAUAGGAUUUUUACCAAAUGAUUAUAUUUAUGACGAGAGUAUGUUUUAUUUAGUGAAGGUAACAAAUCACACUCAAAUACACUCACACUUUAACCAACAAACAGGACCCAGGUUAUAAAGCCACUUGGGAAGCAAUUAAACAGUUUGAGGCUUUGGACAAGUGGCAGCAAGACGAAUCGUAUUGUUGUUUUAAUGUUCUUUCAAGGGUAGCAGUACUUUAGAGGCUAGCUGCAGGUCCCUCUAAGACCCAUGGUGGUUAGUCUUACACUGUAGCUCCUCAUCUUUCUCAUGUUUCCUAACAGAGGAUGAGCACCAAGUGGCCAUGUAACUUUAAAGCUACUGACAACUGUGUAAAAGUAAAUUCAAUAAAAGAAAUAAAACUUGUGGUAUUUUUCCAUUAUGUGAACUAGAAUUAAAAGCAUUAGG